ACCCUCUGAUGUUUGGGCCAGUCUUCAAAGUCGCUUCGGAUCGAACAGUGCUCCUAGUUCUGAAUAGCUGCCCUGUUUGCAAUUGUUUGCAGGUUUACCAGAACUUUAGUUCGUCCUAAUUCAGUUUUAUCUUGAAUAAAGCUUCAGCUUAAACCACCAUGGCUGACGAUGAAGCGAAGAAGGCUAAGCAGGCGGAGAUCGAGCGUAAGCGUGCUGAAGUAAGGAAGCGUAUGGAAGAGGCUUCUAAGGCAAAGAAGGCUAAGAAGGGUUUCAUGACCCCUGAACGCAAGAAGAAACUGAGGUUACUCUUACGUAAGAAAGCCGCCGAAGAACUAAAGAAAGAGCAGGAGCGCAAAGCAGCUGAACGUAGACGCAUCAUUGAAGAGCGAUGUGGCAAACCCAAAAAUGUUGAGGAUGCUAAUGAAGCUGAGCUCCAAACAAUAUGUAAGGAAUAUUGGAAUAGGGUAUUUGGUUUGGAAGGUGACAAAUUUGAUUUAGAAAGAACGGAAAAAUUGAAACAGUAUGAGAUCUCCGAUCUAAAUGCCCAGGUUAACGAUCUACGUGGCAAGUUUGUUAAGCCAACUCUCAAGAAGGUUUCCAAGUAUGAGAACAAAUUUGCCAAACUUCAAAAGAAGGCUGCUGAGUUCAACUUCCGUAAUCAACUUAAGGUUGUCAAGAAGAAGGAAUUUACUCUUGAGGAAGAGGACAAAGAGGCGAAGAAAUCGGAGAAAGCCGACUGGCAGAAGAAGUAGAUGUAGCAGACACCAUGACCCAGCAUCUACGUAGAAUGAAACAAACCAUAUAAAGAAAUCCAUUUGACACUCAAUCAAAACAAACAAAAUAUGAUAUGCAAACAACAAUAUUUAACUUUAAUAGCUGUCACAUGAUUUUAAUCACAUCAGGUUUUCUUCGAUAUCAAAUUUUGAGCAACCGAAUUUUUGCAUAAUGUGGGAAAUAAAUGGCUAACAAUUAAAAAUGAUUAUUUUCAUUUUAUUAUGAAUAUUUUUAUAUUUUGUUAAUCAUUCGAUUCGAUCAUUCUUCUUUUAGAUCGUUCAUAAAUUAGGUUUUGGUAUAGAUUUUAAAAAUUACUGGAAAAAUAUGACAAAACAUACUUUAGAUGAAGUAUAACUGCUCACUGAUUAUCAUAAUUGAAUUUGAAACAUGAAAUAUUUCCUGUAUUGUUCACACCUGAUUUUUCCCCCGAGAUAGACGAUAUCAUGCAAUUUUACUCGUCAAAAGCUUAAUCAAUAAUAUCAUUCAACAAAUAAAAAUCAUAAAAGUGAAUUUGAAAUGUUUUGGUAUUUUUAUAAUUCGUUCAAAAUCACUUCCCGAACUGUAACAUCAAUUAUUUAGAAUCAGUUGAAACAUUUACAUGUUCGAGCAUCAACAUUUAUUGCAAAAUUUAUUAUUAUAAAUUUAUAAAUUUAUUAAGUUUUUUUUAUUUUGCUACUCGUGCCGUUGGUCGUAAAAUAUUUUGUUUUAUAACAGUUGUUUUUGUGUACAUGUCACAAAUGGAAAUAAAUAAUCUCAUUGUUAUCAAGAGGCACGUUAAGUAAACACGUACGAGAGCAAACAAAAUCAUUCAAAUUUGCGAAACAUUAAAAUAUAAAAAUGUAACAGUUAUUAUUUUUAUUCAAUUUUUUCCAACAAUAAUUGGAUCAAUCGCAAUAUCAAUUAAAAUCAACCGAUAUAUUUUAAAAGUUGCCGAUAGAUACAAUUUGGUGUGAGUUCCAUCAUUUAAACGUUUUAAAAAGUUCAUUCUUUUCAUUGAUAUAUUGAAAAGGGAAUCUUUCAUUGAUUAAAAUAACUUCUUUUUUGCAUUUUUUUCUGUUGCUUGAUUCCAAUCCCAUUCGUGAGGAAUAGUGAAAGUAUUUAUACCUUGUAUCACAGAAUACAAACUAUAUCAAAAUAAUUAACAUAGUAAACACUAUGAAUGAGAUAUGCUUAAUCAGACUUUUCUUCAUUUCUUAAAUACUAAAAGAAUAAAUAAGUUUUCUACAAGUAAUUUUGAUUUCCAAUCGGGGUGGCCCGAUGAUCUAAUGGGUAUCCCAGUACCUACAAAGAUAAUUCCCAUCACGAUCGUCCCCCCGUAGCAACGACAGACUAUCCGGUUACGUGGUUCAAAAAGUCCAGUAAGUCUGUAUAAUGCUGACAUGACCACACAAAGAGUAACGCCUAAAAAGAAACCGGACUGGUCCAAGAAAGGUGACAGCAAAGUGAAGGAAGAAGCAGCAGAAGCUGUCGAAGCUGAAGCAUAAUUAAUUUACGAAACCCAAGGAAUAUUGUGCUUGAUACAGAAGCGUGAAUCAUUCUAGUUUGUUUUUCGGAAAAAUGCCGGUGUUGAUCCACAAAUCAAUUACUAUUUGAUGUUAUCGCCAACUCAAGAAUAAAGAUUGUCCUGUCUGUUUUUUGUCACUGAUUA